GAGAGAGAGAGAGAGAGAGAGAGAGAGAGAGAGAGAGAGAGAGAGAGAGAGAGAGGUCUGUUGCAGGCAGGAGAAGGCGUGACCUGAAUGGAGAAUGCCAGCCAACUCCCCAGACACACACAGGACUCUCAGAACAAAGAUAAGACAGAGUGGAGCCCAGGAGAGCCAGCCCCAGAACUGACACCAGGGAAGAGACGCUGCAAAAAUAAGUCAGGGAGGCAGAAUCCAAAGCCCCCAAGAGCAGCCAAGGCAGAAACCAUGAGGGCCUUUCUGCUCUGCUGCUCCCUGUAUGUGUCUCUGCUGAGAACAUCUGCAAACAUGGUGGAAUUGAAUGAUAUGUUUGGAGAGAUCCAGUCCCCAAAUUUCCCUGAUUCCUAUCCCAGUGACUCCGAAGUAACCUGGAACAUCACAGUACCAGAGGGAUUUCGGAUCAAGCUGUACUUCAUGCAUUUUGACCUGGAGUCCUCCUACCUCUGCGAAUACGACUAUGUGAAGGUGGAAGCUGAAGACCAGGUGCUGGCUCUCUUCUGUGGGCGCGAGACUACGGACACGGAGCAAGCCCCAGGCCAGCAGGCGGUCCUCUCCCCCGGGCCGUUCAUGGCCCUCACCUUCCGAUCGGACUUCUCCAACGAGGAGCGCUUCACUGGCUUUGAUGCCCAUUACAUGGCGGUGGACGUGGAUGAGUGCACAGAGAAGAGUGAUGAGGAGCUGGCCUGUGACCACUACUGCCACAAUUAUAUUGGGGGCUACUACUGCUCCUGCCGCAUUGGCUACAUCCUCCAUACAGACAACAGGACCUGCAGAGUGGAGUGCAGCGACAACCUCUUCACCCAGAGGACGGGCGUGAUCACCAGCCCUGACUUCCCCGGCCCGUACCCCAAGAGCUCCGACUGCCUCUACAGAAUCGAGCUGGAGGAUGGCUUCCUCAUCACCCUCCAGUUUGAGGACAGCUUCGAUGUGGAAGACCACCCCGAGGUGUCCUGCCCCUACGAUUACAUCAAGAUUAAGGCUGGACAGAAAGAGUUUGGCCCCUAUUGUGGAGAGAAAUCCCCAGCGCGCAUCGUCACCCAGAGCAACAGCGUCCAGAUUUUGUUCCACAGCGACAACUCAGGGGAGAAUGGAGGCUGGAGGCUUUCCUACUCAUCCUCAGGGAAUCCGUGCCCCGCCCUGCAGCCCCCCAUCCGUGGGAAGAUCGACCCGGCGCAGGCGCAGUACACCUUCAGAGACCAAGUGCUCAUCAGCUGCGCCGCAGGCUACAAAGUGGUGAAGGACAACCUCGAGCUGGACACGUUCCAGAUAGAGUGUCUGAAAGACGGAACCUGGAGCAACAGAGUCCCGGCCUGCAAAAUUGUAGACUGUGGCACCCCAAAGGAGCUGGAGCACGGGCAGGUUACCUUUGCCACCAAGAGUAACCUCACCUUGUACAAGUCCGAGGUCCACUACUCCUGCCAGCAGCCCUAUUACCAGCUGUUUCCCAACAUCACAGGCACGUACGCCUGUGAGGCCCAAGGCACCUGGAUGAACGGAGAGCUGGGGGAAAAGCUGCCCACUUGUCUACCAGUGUGUGGGAAACCCAAGUUCUCCAGGCAGCUGCUGACCAGGAUUUCCAACGGGCGCCCGGCCAAGAGGGGGAUCUCCCCGUGGAUCGCCAUGCUGUCCGCAAGGGGGCAGCCUUUCUGUGGGGGUGCCCUUCUAGGAAACAAGUGGAUCGUGACGGCUGCCCACUGCCUCCACCAGUCCCUGGAGGAGCACGAGGACCCCGCUCUGAAGAGCCUGGAUAUCCUCCCCGCCUCCCAAUUCAAAGUCAUCCUGGGCAAGCACAGGACCCUGAGGAGGGAUGACACUGAGCAGCAGCUCCAGCCAAAGAAACUUAUCUUGCAUCCAUCCUACAAUGCCAAAACAAUCAAGAAUGACCUCGCUCUAAUUGAGCUGCUGAAUGAGCCAGUGAUGAAUGACUAUGUGAUGCCCAUCUGCCUCCCAGAGGGGCCCCUGCAGGAAGGUUUCAUGGUUCUUGUGAGUGGCUGGGGAAAGCAGUUCUUAAAAAGACUCCCUGAGGUCCUGAUGGAGAUUGAAGUGCCCAUAGUGAACCAGGAAACUUGCAGGGCAGCAUACGCCGAACUGAAGAUGAACAUCACCAGUGACAUGAUCUGUGCUGGCGAAAGGGAAGGAGGGAAAGAUUCUUGUACUGGUGAUUCUGGAGGCCCCAUGGUGACCUACAAUGAGGAGACAUCCACUUGGCACUUGGCAGGCAUCGUGUCCUGGGGGGACGGCUGUGGGAAGAGAGAGAGAUACGGCGUGUACUCCCACAUCCACAGGAACCAAGCUUGGAUUCAGAGGGUCACUGGAGUCCAGAACUAGGCUCCUGGCUAUAGCCAACUCCUCUGUUGGGGGACCCUGGAGGCUGCUUGUCUGACCUCAGAGUGCCCCAUCUCUCCCCCCGGUCCCAUCACCCUGUCCAUUCCCCCAUAAUAGACCGGGCAAUGGUGGCUCCUCUGCCUCAGCUGCUGACCAUGGCCAGUGGUGAAGCAUGACAGUCUUCUCUGGUGUAGACUUGCCAGGCUGGGUGAUGGCUUUGUCCAUGGGUCCAUCUUUGUCCCUUCUCACCCACCCACCCCCAGUCCCACCUAUGUGCACUGUUGUCUGGCAGCCACCAAUAUCACAGCUUUAAAAAAAAGAAAAUAAUAAUCAGCUGGAUUUGAUGUCCCUGCAUCAAGGAUACCCUCUUCAUCAAGAGGGAAGCCAAUAUUUCAGGAAGCUUUCUUCAAAGUCCCAUCUAUGCCACAUAGCCCACAACAAACCAAUUAAAUAUCAUUCAAGAAAAAAGGGACCGCAUCGGGUGCCAGAGACACCAAGACAAAGCCUUUGCCCUCAGGAGGCUUGCCUUCUGGCAGUGCCAGGUGAUCUCAGAGGAGGCUACUGAGAAUUAGCAUAGCAACUCAGGGACUGUGGACUUUAGUCACUAAAACCUCUUCAGGCCUCAGUUUCUUCAUCUGUAAAAUGAAUGUUGGGCCCAAAUUGCUACAGAUUCUCUUCCAGUUCUUUCCAGUUUCAAGAGUUUUUUUCUCUUCUCCAACCAGGGAUUUCAGUUCUCAAUUUCCCAUCAUUAUGGACUCAGCCCCCAGGAUCUCCAGUGGGAGUUCUGCUUUAUUUUGUCCUGAGUGAUCCUAAAAGUUCCAUUUGGGGAACAUUGCCUUGUCCUCCUUUCUUUCCCUUAAAGUUCCCACUGUUCUCCAGAAUGGAUUUGGAAGGGUUCUCGGAUUUCAGAACAACUGAGAUGUAGAGACCAAGAAGCCACAAAGAGAGUCCCCAGUCUAGGACCAUGUAAGGGCAGGACAGUACUUAGCUGAGGACAGUUUCUUCAGUGGGAAUCCCCCACCAGUGGAGCAUCAAAUCCCACAGACAAGAAAACACCACUCUGACAGGGUCUUCAUUACUCAUUCUCUCUGGUCGGGAUAUCUGAAGACAUGGCCAGUUCUGAAGCAGGUGGACGCCCUUGGAAACCAGCUCUAAGAGAAUCUCAGAAGUCCGCUCCUCCACUCUACCUCGCUACUGACUCUCUCCUGGAGGUGCUGCCUCUCCUCCUGGGUCUCCUGGGGCCCCAGAGUCAUCUUCCCUUCUGCAAUUCAUUUAGGCACAGUCUUCCAAAGCAGAAAUGGACCUUUGUGAACCCUGCCCAGAGGUUGUGGCAUGGGAUCAUAUCCCUACCUCUCCUCUGAGGUGUGGUUGGACGAGCCCAGGGGAAAACACUUACUCUUGGAGCACAUGCCUUUGGUCGGGACCAAUGAUACACUGCGGUGAAGGCCCUAUAGAAAUGCAAGCCAUCCAGUUGUUGGCACAGCUCUUGGCCCACAGUUGGUGGAUGAACAACAAAUGUUAGAAAUAAAAAGAGUCAGGGGAUGAGUUCAACAGGAACAGAGACUGUGCAGAUCCUGGCUGCUCUAAAUAAAAUCUUGAUUGAAUCAAA